AUGGGGGAGUGUUUAAGGAAAUCUUGUCCAUGUCUCAAGACAUUAUGGGACAAGAUAUUCGCAAAACCCAGAGAAGACGGGCAUGCCACCGUAAAGGAAGAACAUGAUCGAACUAGUGAUAUCGUAGAUUCUAUCACGCUGAACGGUGGCGAAGAAUCUAUACUGCAUUACGCACCGCACUGUCCUCGACAAGACAAGAUGAUUUACAGAGCGCUUUGGUCCUUCGAAGCUAGGGCAGAGGAGGAGUUGUCUUUCGAGGCUGGCGACCUGUUUAACGUAAUUAAUAGCACUGGGGAAUGGUGGACCGCGCGAAAAAUUGACAGGAAUGGAUGUACACUCGCCACCGGUUUCGUCCCUUACAAUUAUUUGGAAAGGGAAGAAUCGGAGUCGGGAGAGCCAUGGUAUUUUGGGAAAAUGAGUCGAUUUGAAGCCUUGAGCCAUCUCAUGACACCAGAAAACAAAGAUGGGUCUUUUCUGGUCCGGCUCAGCGAGACCGAAAAUGUGGGAUAUGUGCUCUCAGUGAAAGCGGAAAACAGAGCUAAGCACUUUAAGAUCAUUAAAGCUGCUGGGCAGUUUUAUGUGGAUCCAAGUCGGAAAUUCUCCAGUCUUCAGGACCUGAUUGAGCAUUACAAAACCAGACGCCUAGCCUCAGUGGACAGAUUAGGCCAGGCUUGUAUUAGGAAAGAGCCUCAGCCCCAGGACUUAUCUCAUUCCACAGUGGACGAUUGGGAACUGCCCAAAGAGGAGUUCACUCUGGAAAGACAGCUUGGGAAGGGACACUUUGCAGACGUGUAUCGGGGCAAGUGGAAGGACCGUGUCAACGUAGCCAUAAAAGUCCUCAAGACUGAAGAGUCCCUGGAUCAGACCGAAUUUCAGCAGGAGGUGCAGAUACUGAAGCGACUCAGACACAGGCAUCUCAUCUCCCUGUUUGCCAUCUGCACAGCCUCUACCCCUUAUUACAUCAUUACUGAGCUCAUGGAGAAAGGCGACCUGCUCAAACUCCUCAGAAGUGAAGAGGGUGCUGCUUUAGACAGGAUUUCUCUGAUUGACAUGGCAGCCCAGGUGGCUGAUGGGAUGUCUUACCUUGAGGCCAACAAUAGCAUCCACCGAGAUUUGGCAGCACGGAAUGUUCUGGUCGGCGAAGGCUACAUCUGCAAAGUGGCUGAUUUUGGUCUGGCCCGAAUCAUCAAGGAGCCCUUUUACACAUCUGAGGAUAAGACCAUUCCCUAUAAGUGGUGUGCCCCUGAAGCAAUCAGUCACGGACGUUACUCCAACAAAUCGGAUGUGUGGUCUUUCGGAGUUCUGCUGUAUGAGAUGCUCACCUAUGGAGGAAUUCCUUAUCCAGCUUUUUCCAACCGCGAGGUAUAUCAUCAAAUCACUGAGAACGGCUACAGAAUGCCGGCCCCAACCAAAUGUCCCCAGUACGUCUAUGACAUCAUGCUAGCCUGCUGGAGGGAUAACCCAGAGGACAGACCGGAUUUUAAAGACCUGAAACCUGACCUGGAGAAUGUGAAUCGCUAUUCUGAGCUGGAGUGA